AUGUCAAGCCCUCAAGCACCACCACCUUCUUGGGAUAGUCCUCCAAAACUAUCCUCCUUGAAGACAAAGAAGAAACUUCUUCCCUACCUUGAAGCAGCCGACCUGGAGACGUCUAGCCAAGCCGCAUCUUACAGAGAAGAACACCUUCUAGCCACACCAGAAGAGGAGAUUAACCCUGAGAUGAUCGAGUUCGUGAAGAGAGAUCAAUUCCAUGAUCUGUUUUCAGAGUAUGCGCUGGAGCACAUAGAUCACUUUGACAAUCUUUGUGAUUCCUAUGGAGUUUUUGACUUUGAGAAGAAGAUGAUGCUAUUCAGCACAUCACUAGCUGGACCAGCACUAGAUUGGGCGCAGCAUGAGCCACUCUCUACAAUCGAGUCAUGGAUCGAUUUUAGAGAAGCUUUCUUGAAGAGAUUUGCAAGGACCACCUUUCAAGUCCAAGUACAAUCCACUACUCUCAUCAGCUGGAGAGAGAGCGUGAUGAAGAAGAAUGGGGAGGCAUACCACCCCAUCCUGAAUGAAGAGCUAAUCAAGCAUGUGGAGAGAACCCUUUCUACAAUUCUACUUCAGAGUGUGCAAAGGAGCAUCUAUGCAACUUUGAGCAGCUUUGCACGACUAUGGACUUGGAGACAACCCCAAGAAGAUACAACUUUUCCAACUAUCUAG